CAUGGCGUCAUACUGGAGGAGUUUGCGAUCUCGGUCUGCCACACAAGCGUUUAUCAUCUUCACUAUCUGCCUGUCUGUCAUCCAAAGUCUGGUAAACGAUGCGGACAACUGUGAUAAACUUCGACUGGGACAGUAUCUGUGUAAAGAACCUAAAAUAGAUGAUGCAACUCAAGAACCAGAAAACUGCAAGGACCGCUUGGCCUUGGUGGAAUGUUUACCUGCUCCAAACAUCACCUGUCGUCUGUCAAAUGGAACGGCGUUUAAAUUUAGUGGCGAAGAGGUCGGAUUCAACAAAAGCAUCCCGUGUCGAAAUGUGAGUGGUUACUCAUACAAAGUAGCUGUAGCUUUGUCGCUGUUCCUGGGAUGGAUUGGAGCAGACCGGUUCUAUUUGGGAUACCCAGCUCUGGGUUUGUUGAAGUUCUGCACUGUGGGAUUCUGUGGAAUCGGAAGUUUGGUGGAUUUCAUGUUGAUAUCCAUGCAGAUUGUGGGUCCAUCGGAUGGGUCGGAUUACAUCGUGGAUUACUACGGCGCACGCCUCACUCGCCUUUCUAUAACGAAUGAGACCUACAGAAGAACGCAGCCUUCUCCGUGAAGGCACCAGGUGGAUCCAAGUGAGACAACACAACAAAUCUACAGGAUCGUGUUAUGUAAAUCCCCAUCUCUUCUUUGGAUUUGCCAUAACAGUUUCCAAACAUGAAGAUCACAGAAUGCGCCCUGGGAAACAUUAAAGCCUGGAGUUUUUCAAAAAAUUGGGCUCACGUAUGUGCUGAGCUAGCAUGACUCCCACAGAUCUCGGUUCUGCUCAUCGGCCCAGUUGUGUUUUUUGUUCCACCGGGCCGCAAAUCUCAGCACUUCCUGUAUCUGUCCAUCCAUCUGUCCAUCGAUCAUAAAUCACUUCCCUUGAGUCACAACUCUGGAAUGUUAUCUGUGUUUUAUUGCUUUUCAUUUCUGCUCUGCACUUUCUGACAGUUUCUUGAUGUUAUUUAAAGGUGUAAAUAAAAUUUUAAUAACA